AUGGCAUCACAAGAACAAAUCAAUGAGGUCGAGCAGAAUCUCAGAGGCAUCCUUCAGCCAGACACCAACACUGUUCAAAUGGCCACAGCCAAGUUGAACACUCUGCUCAAGAACCCAAAUGCCUCCCUAAUCCUGGCACAUCACAUUCAGAGCUCACAAUUCAAAGAGAUCAAACAUGUAGCAGCAGUAUUGAUGAGAAAGAAGUUGGUAGUACAUUGGACAAAGUUGUCAAGCCAGAAUAGAGAGGCUGUAAAGAAUUUGAUGAUCGAUCUGUUUAACAAGGAGACAGAUUUUACAAUUAGGAGAUCGAUCGCAGAGAUCAUGAUCAUUAUAUGUCGCGUGGAGUUGCCCGUCGCACAAUGGAAGCAGUUCACACCCUUCCUCUACCAGCUCUCGUCGCAGCAGGACCCCGCGACACGCGAGCUACAGAUGCACUUCUUUGACACGCUGCUCUCCAACAACUGCGUGUCGGUCGCCAAGCACACCGAGGAGAUGGUCGUCAUCAUGUCCAACGGUCUGAUCGACCCGGUCAUCCGUGUGCGUUCGAGCGCCCUUCGCGCAGUUGGCUCGGCCAUGAUGGCCUUUAGCGGACAGCCCGACAUCAUUGGCAAGUUGAUCAAUCUGCUGCCUCCAAUGAUCGACGUCAUCAAGAUUUCAAUCGAGAACAUGUUGGAGGACGACGUCAUCACAUCAUACGAAGUGUUUGAUGACCUGGCUGAGAGUCAUUCAUCAGACAUUGUCCAACAACUUCCAUUGAUUUGCAAGUUCUCACUCGAGGUUGGAUCCAACUCCAACAUUGAUCCAACCAUUCGUACAGCAGCCAUCGAGUUCUUGAGAACAAUGGUCGAAUACAAACCAAAGGUACUAAAGAAGAGUAAUCUCAUCCAACCAUUGCUCCAAUUGCUUUUCCAUAUUAUGGCAGCAGAGGGUUGCAACCUCUCUGAUGAGCUCGAAGACGAUCACUUGUACGAGUCUGCUGGAAUCGCCCUGCGACAUUGUGGCGAAGCCUUCAGUGCUAGACUGGUAUUCAAUCCAAUCCUGCCAGUGUUGGCCGAGUUUGUGGCCAGUCCCGACAGAUCCAAGCGUGUGGCUGCACCAAUGAUCAUCCAGCAGCUGUCCUACGGAUGCGCUGAGGACAUGCGUGACAACAUCGAGCAAGUAGUCACACUGAUCUCCAAGUCGCUGGACGACCCCGACAAGCUUGUGCGCCAGAACGCCUGUGUGUGCAUGGCACGUCUCUCAGAGAACGUCAACCCAGAGAUAUACAAGUACGCCAACGUCAUUUUCCCACGUAUCUUCCAGUCGCUGUCGGACCCAGACGACCACUUCAUUCUGCGCUGCUGCUUCGCCCUGGAGAAUUUCCUCUCCAACCUCGAGCGCGAGCAUCUGCAGCCAAUCCUCGCCAUCACCAUGAACAAGCUGGGCGAGCUGAUGAUGCGCCCCAACAAUCAGGUCAAGGAGUUUGCUCUGUCGGCCAUCUGCGCGAUUGCCAUCUCUGCUGAGCAGGACUUUGAGCCAUACUUUGACGGCGUGCUCAACGUUAUCAAGGACCUCCUGGCCACAAAGGAGCCACAGCUGAUCAUGUUGCGAUCAAAUGCCACCGAGUGCGUUGGCUCGCUCGUCAAGGCCGUGCCCAAGGAUAAGUUCCGUCCAAUCAUCCACAACCUGAUGACAUUGGCACAUGAUGGCAUCACCACAUUGCCCAGCUCUGAACUCAAGGAGGCCACAUUCGAGUUCUACGCAAGAAUCUUUGAGCACUUUGGCGAGGAGCUUGCCUCCUUCCUGCCCGGCGUCAUGGAGCAGCUGAUCAAGUCGUCCAUGUCGGACGACGGUGUCGAGAGCAACAGACAGACAGAGAACGAUAUCGAUGGCAUUGACAAUGAUGAGGAUGAUGAGGAUGACGAGGACGACUUGGGCACCAGCAUCAGCGUGAGGACAUCAUUCCUCGACGAGAAGUGCGCAGCAAUCCACGCUAUCGGAGUGAUCGCUGUGUCACUGCCACAAUCAUUCCUUCCAUACUCGGGCCAGGUCAUCACCUCGCUCGAGCAACUCCUGGCAUACUUCCACGAGGAUAUCCGUUUCGAGUCUCUGAUCACCCUUCAGAGCUUGGCCGUCUCAAUCAACACAUGCUUCCCUGCACCCAACCCUGUGUGGACCAAGGGAGACUUUGGCGCCGCCGUCUCUGAGCAGGUCCGCAUGCUGCUGGACUUCUCAUUCCAGGCCUACGGUAACAUUCUGUCCCAUGAGAAGGACAAGAGCGUCGUAUCUAGAGCAUUUGGCAGCAUUGCCGACACCGUUGCCCUGUUGGGUCCAGGUGCCAUCGCACCAUACUUGGAGAUGGUUGGUGGCGGUGUGCUGCAGGUCGUCAUGGGCAACCUCUACUGCCAGACCGCGAACCAAGCCGACACCACCGGUCCACAGGACGAGGAGGACGAGGAUGAUGAGGAUGAUCACGCCGAGGAGGAUCUCGACGAGGAGGACGAUGAGGAUCCCGACUACUCACUCUUGCAUUACGCAUCCGAAUGCAUGAUUGAGAUUGCCACAGUCUCUGGCCCCAUGUUUAAAUCAUAUAUCGACAACGCUCUUGUCCAUCUUCUAAAGUUGACCAAACCAACCAAUCAUCAUUCGAUUAGAGCAUGUGUCGUUGGAACUGUUGCCGAGAUUAUCAAGGUCAUUGAGACAGACUGCAGCAACCUCUUUGAUAGACUGUACCCAAUGGGUAUCAAGGGCCUCAAGGACGAGUCAGCACAAGUCAGGAGAGUGUCAUGCUUCCUUUUGGGAAUCCUGGCAUCGUCAUGCGUCACCACCAAGAGCGAGCACUACAUGGCCAUUCUCCAGGGCGUCGCUCCACUUUUGAACGACAACGAGGAGCCUGAGGUCAUUGACAACGCACUGGGUUGCAUCUGUAGAUUAAUCGCAAGCAAUGCUCAGAACGUCCCACUGGGCGAGGUGCUACCACUGCUCUUUGCUCGCCUGCCCGUCAAGAAGGACGAGGAGGAGAUUGGCGCUGUGUUCAACGCCAUCCAGGCGCUGUACUCGACAAAGCUCGACCUCAUUGCGCCCUACACUCAGAAGGUCUUUGCCAUCUUUGAGCACGACUUGACCAAGAAGAAGCUGGAUCAGGCCGUGCGCACCAAGAUCGAGACCUUUGUCACCCUUCUCAAGGGCAAGAUGGCCGGCAACUAA